GAGCGGGGACCGCAUCAACCAGAGCUUCCCCAUUCAUCCACGGCCUCCAUACUGUGCUAUCUCUUCCUUCCCAAUCACAUUCAUACCCUGCUAUAAAUCGUGAAGUAGAGCCAUGGCAUCUUCCGCCGAUCAUUUAUCUGCCCAAGAGCUCGAGACCCUUUCCACCAAGGCCAUUGCUGCCAAGGCCACCGCAUACUGUCCUUAUUCGAAGUUCCGCGUCGGUGCAUGCAUUCUGACCCGGUCAGGAGAGUACUUCCUCGGCGCAAAUGUCGAGAACGCCUCUUAUCCGGUUGGGACAUGCGCCGAAAGAGUCGCAUUUGGAAAUGCAGUCGUGGCUGGGCACCGGGACUUCAAAGCCAUUGCUGUUGCCACGGAUAUCAAACCAGCGGCAUCGCCAUGUGGCAUGUGCAGACAGUUCAUGAGCGAAUUCGCCGGCCCAUCAUUUCCUAUUUAUAUGUAUGAUGCGGAAGGCAACUACACUCUCACAACAAUGGGCGAGCUUCUUCCUCAUUCAUUCGGGCCGGGAGAUUUCUCCCACUGAGAGCGAAAAGUCCCCUUAGACAGUCGAUCAACUUUCGUCUGGUCUUCUCUGUUUCCAAGCACUAGAAAUAAUUUCUUAACCGCUUGUACACAGCGCAGAAGGCCUAGUGUAGCUCACCUUACCGUAAACCGGGGGCAUGUAGGUACAAGGUUGUGUGGACAGUGGCUGACCGGUUUUCUAUAGCUGGUGCUAUGACCUGAAAAUGUACCAGGCUUCUAGUGGGCAUUGGGGCAGGUUUACACGUGGAGAGAAUGCUGUAGUACAGAGUAUCAGUGGUCGUAAUUGCAUUAUCUCUGAGUUGGGCCUCUUGCUUGUGCUCUUUCCAGAUCAUUCAUUAAUGGCCCAGCAUAUAUGUAUAUACAAAGCAAG